AUGCCCCCGCCACCACCCAAGGCGCCCGUCGCUCGCCAUCGCAAGCGGGAGGGCAUCGUGCUCAGGAUGUUCCGCGAGCUCACGCCAGCCCGAGGAAUGCUCCGGGACAGGGAGGACCAGGCCGUGGUCCUGGAGUUCGAGUCCAUCGGGGGUCUGGACAACCUUCCCCGAGAGGGCGACGUGGUCGAGUACCGCCAAUUCGAAAAUGAAUCCGGGCAUGAGGCCGUCAACGUCACCGUCAAGUCUCGGGCGCAGAAGGAGACGGCGCAGAGCAAACCUUCCGAUUCGGAAUGUUGGGCAGCCGAACAGUUCUUGCGCCGCCAUGCGUUGCAGAGAUGGGAGAAAGGUGAGCCCUUCACGCACAGCAGCAUGAAGGGGUACAGGGACAGCUUCGCGAGGGACACUGGGAAGUUCAAGUUCCCAGACGACGAAGCAACCAUGAAGGAGCUGGGCGAAGCCAUUGCUGUGUUCUACCGGCUCUCGCACGCUGUCCCGGACACGCCCAAGAAGCUCUUCCUGUGCGAACAUCCCACGGAUGUGUACGCCUUCGUCGAGGACAUCGACGUCUUGGGGGGCUACGUCGGUGGGGUUCCGAAUGUCAUGCGCAAUGGCCCCAAUGACUACGAUUAUGAGCUCCUGAAGUGGCGAGCGAAGGUGCUAAGGAAGAUCUUCCCUGGUGCCGAGCCGCGCCUCAUGCUCUACGAGGCCUGCGGCAUGUACCAGGGCCACGACAUCUUCAAGGAGUCCUAUCAUCUUGUGUGGCCAAUGGUUAUGGUUGACAAGCAGCGCGCCGUGGCAGCCCGCGAGGAAACGGUGCGCCUAUUCGAGCAGAUGAGCGAAGAAGAGGGCCAUCCUUUGGCCAAGCUGCUGCACCGAGCCAAGCAGAAAGACGAGAACAACAGCUGGGAAAGAAUCUUCGAUAUCUCCACGACCAGGCCCAGCAUUGGGGCGCGAAUGCCUUAUUCAGACAAGAUGUCUGUGACGAAGCUCGGCAGGUGGGUCGACAACCACCGCCGAGUGCUUCCAAUUGCGGAGAUCAUGUUCGACUUCAACAAUGGUGAGGAGCUUCCGCGGUGCAUCACGGUGGCGGGCGCCGAGCAGCGCACGCCGGCCGAGUGGGCGAAGAACGGCAUGUGCCGGCGGAGCGGAAAGGCGGUUUCCUACUGCACCGCGAGCAUCCGCGCUGCUGAGGGGCAGCGGAAUCGCCGUCGG